AUGGGCAAGCUCAACAUCGCUCACCACAAGUCUUACCACCCGUAUCGACGAGACAAUAUCGAUCGCGUUCGUCGCGAUGAGGAGGAAGCUAGGCUCAAGGAGGCCAAAGAGGAGGGUCGAAUGUUGUUGGCGGACGCCGAAGCGCGUAUCCAACUGCUCAGAGAACGAGCAGAUAUCGCUACCGACAAGAAGAGGAAGAAAAGAGACGACGAGGAGCUCGAGGCGCAGCUCAGAACGGGGACGUCGGCGUCGUCGUCUGUCGCGCAGCUGCCGACGACCAACGGCCAUAUCAAUUUCUUCGAGGACUUGGAACAGGCCUCCAUGGCAGCAAUGAUCAAGGCUUCUACCAAGAAGCCAGCGACGGCUGAGACAGAGAAAGGCGUACCCCUGGCGCCUUCUGAAAAGGACCUGAAACCUUGGUAUUCAGGUCGAAAGAAGGAUGGGGAAGAUGAUGAACUUCCUGAAGACAAACGGAAACGAGAGGAGUACCGUAAAUCCGCUCAUGACCCUUUGACUUCCAUAACCAAACAACUGGCAUCUCGUUCUGCACCACCUUCGUCUUCUCGACGAGCUCAGCAGCCUCCCAGGGCCCUUGCUUCCAGCUCUUCCACGUCAAUGGGCCCUCCUGAAGUCCAGGCACGGAUAUCUCGAGAAAAAUCCGAACGCCAGCGGGCACUGGAGCUGAUUCAGCGCAAGAAGCGGGAGAUGGCUGGCAACGACACCCCCAGCACUGUGUAUGGCGGUUCUGGCUACUCGGACCAGUUCAACAGGGAGGAGGUGGAGGCUGCUCAUAGGAGAGACUUCCGGCAUGAACGGCGUUGGGACGACGACGAUGAUCGACGUAGGCGGCGUAGUGAUUCUCGGCACUCGAGCAGCUACGGUCGUUCAAGCCGUAGGGACGACCAUGGUUCACGAUAUCGCUGA